CAGCACUGGUGAGGAGGAGGAGGAUGCUGGAGGAGCUUCGUAGCGGCUCUCACUCACUCCAGCAGCUGUUACUCCACACAUCACUCCAGCAAUGGCCAACGCAGGGCUGCAGCUCCUCGGAUACUCUUUGGCUUUUCUGGGUCUCCUGGGUCUCAUCGCAUCCACGACCAUGUCUGAGUGGAAGAUGUCCUCAUACGCCGGAGACAACAUCAUCACUGCGCAGGCCAUGUAUGAGGGACUCUGGCGCUCCUGUGUGUAUCAGAGCACCGGACAGAUGCAGUGCAAAGUCUACGACUCCUUACUGCAGCUGCCAGGAGAGGUUCAGGGGGCUCGUGGUUUCAUGAUCACCUCCAUCUUGCUGUGUGGCAUCGGUCUGCUGGUCGCUGCCGUCGGCCUGAAGUGCACCACCUGUCUGUCUGAUGAAAAGGAACAGAAGAACAAAGUGGCUGUGGCUGGAGGAGCUCUCUUCAUCAUCGCAGGGGUUUGCGCUCUUGUUGCCACCAGCUGGUAUGGAGAGGAUAUAAGGCGUAGUUUCUUUGAUCCAUUUACUCCUACAAACUCAAGAUUUGAGUUCGGGAAGGCUCUGUACGUGGGCUGGGGCGCGUCGGCUCUGACCCUCAUCGGCGGGAUCAUGCUCUGCUGUAACUGUGCGAGUAAACCCGCGGGGAAAUCCUACACGCCUCCUCGCGCCGCAGGAAAACCUGGAACCGACCGCGUCUGAAUCCAGUCAUUCUUUCUGCUAGUGAUGUGCCAAGCAGCUUUGAUGAACUGUUUGAUUACCAAAACGUCUAAUAUGGUAUUAAAAGACUAGCUCUAUCAAUGUUUUCAAUAUUCAAUAAAAAUGUCUUGAAAAAAGCAUUUUCUGCACUGAUGUUAUUGUAAAAAACAUUAUUGUGUAAUAACUCUUGGCUUAAGCUGAAGUGUCACUGGCUUCCUGUUUCCCAUUGGUCAGUCACACUGAUAGCUCCACCCCCAACUCAAAUCAUUGGUUGAGUCAUUAGCUAUGAUUCAAUUCAAAUUAAACUUGUGUCAAAAAUAGUUAAAAUAAUUUCCAUUCCUUGUGUUUAAGAGAACAAAAUCAUUACUUACUGGUAAAUGGAGCAAAUUAUCACUGAUAAUAAAAAGUCACUAUAUCUGGUAAAGACUGACCUCUCCUCUCUAGUGUUUUCUUCUGUUUAGAUGCUUGAUGCUCGAACACAAUCAUGUGUAAUUACACUAAAUCAUUUUAAUGACAGACUCAGCUCAGGCAUGUCAGAAUUAUUAUUUAAUUACAACAUUUGAGAUGGUGUGUGAUGAGAUGUAUUUGCUGUUCGUCUAGUAAUCCAAUCAGAUCAUUUGUUGAGACAGUCUCUUGAGUCUCUUGUUAAGCAUCCAGCAGUUUAUCUGGUACAUGUUUCUGUAGUUUGUUUAUUGUUGUUAAAUACAAGAAUAAUACAAUGAUGCUGUAUUAUUUUUUAAAUAAAAAACCCAGAACCCUC